CUAGUAUGCGGUGGUGUACUAUGUAAAAUGAAUUAUGUCAAACAGCGUUAUAGUGCUUAGUUAAUGUUUAGUUAAAGUAUUUAGAAUUUUGUGGUCGCCACUGUGAAUUUCAAUGUGUUACAAUGAAGAAUUAAUUACAAGCAGGGCGUAGUUGUAAUUGCGACAUGGCAUCCCGCAGAUGGUUUCACCCUAACAUAUCAGGAUUAGAGGCAGAGCGUUUAUUAAUGGAACGAGGUUAUGAUAGUUCCUUUCUGGCACGUCCAAGUUCAUCCAAUCCUGGUGAUUUUACAUUAUCUGUAAGACGAAAUGGUGAAGUGACUCAUAUUAAAAUACAAAAUACAGGAGACUUUUAUGAUCUUUAUGGAGGUGAAAAAUUUGCUACGUUAUCAGAACUUGUACAAUUUUACAUGGAAAAUGGUGGCCAGCUUCGUAAAAAAAAUGGAGAGAUAAUAGAAUUGAAAUAUCCUUUGAAUUGUGCUGAUCCAACAACUGAAAGGUGGUUCCAUGGCCAUUUAUCAGCAAAGGAAGCAGAAAGAUUGAUGAUGGAAAGGGGAAAAAAUGGAUCUUUUCUAGUUCGUGAAUCACAGAGCAAACCUGGUGACUUUGUAUUAUCAGUUCGUACUGAUGACCGUGUUACACAUGUUAUGAUACGAUCUCAGGAUAAUAAAUAUGAUGUGGGAGGAGGGGAUAAAUUUGACAGUCUUAGUGAUCUUAUAGAACAUUAUAAACGUAAUCCAAUGGUUGAAACAAGUGGAAGUGUUGUUCAUCUCAGACAACCAUUCAAUGCAACUCGUAUAAAUGCUAGUGGAAUUGAAAGCAGAGUUAGACAGUUACACAAAGAAAACGGGUGUUCUAACGGAUUAUUAUGUCGAAAUGGCGCGACGGAUACUAAUGAAGGCAGUACAGGUCGUGGUAAAGGAAAAGCAGGCUUUUGGGAAGAAUUCGAAUCGUUACAACAACUAGAAUGUCGUCAUUUGUUUUCCAGGAAAGAAGGUUUAAGAUUAGAAAAUCGAGCUAAAAAUCGAUAUAAAAAUAUUUUACCAUUUGAUCACACGAGAGUACGCUUGAAGGAUGUUGAUCCUAAUGUACCUGGAUCAGAUUAUAUCAAUGCUAAUUAUAUCAGGAAUGAAGAAGGCGAUGGAGCUGUACCUGGUAUCAGUGGAAACGAUGUUGGCCAGUUUAAUAAAUGUUAUAUUGCUACACAAGGUUGUCUUCCAAAUACCAUUGGAGACUUUUGGCACAUGGUGUAUCAAGAAAACACUCGAGUAAUCGUUAUGACAACGAAAGAAAUGGAAAGAGGAAAAAACAAAUGUGCUCGAUAUUGGCCCGAAGAGGGAGAAAUUGCAGAAUAUGGAGGCACAUGGAAAGUUCAUGCUCUUUCUUGUACUGUAACAGCAGAUUAUACUUUACGUGAAUUUUUAUUACAAGGAAACAAGCCAAACUUCAUGGUUGCCAGAAGAAUAUUCCAUUACCAUUUUCAAGCAUGGCCUGAUCAUGGUGUACCAUCAGAUCCUGGUUGUGUUUUAAACUUUCUUCAUGACGUAAAUGCUAGACAAGAAUUGAUAGCUGCAGCUGUUGCAUCGAAUACUCAAAAUGCACCAAGCAUGGGGCCGAUUCUUGUUCAUUGUAGCGCUGGAAUAGGAAGAACUGGAACUUUUAUUGUUAUUGAUAUGAUUUUGGAUCAAAUUAAACGCCAUGGUCUCGAUUGUGAAAUUGAUAUUCAACGAACGAUUCAAAGAGUACGUUCUCAGAGAUCAGGUAUGGUACAGACUGAAGCACAAUAUAAAUUUGUUUAUCUCGCGGUCUUACAUUACAUUGAGACUGUAUCUCAGAGAAUGCAAGCUGAACAGAAAUCACUUCAGUUAGGUCGUGAAUAUACUAAUAUCCGAUUACGACGGUAUUGAAUGUUAAGAUCGUGUAGCGAAUACGACGAGGAAUGAGCCGCGGGAAGCUGCUCAAACCAAUUCUCUCAUCGCAGAAAAGUAAAUGUUUUAAAAGUAAGAUGGUUUUCACCGACGUAACUGGUAUCUCGGUUCGCUUAUUAACAUUAUUAAGAAUUGAGCAGUUAAAUCGAUUAUCACGUGAUAGGUGUAAUUCGCCAGAACCGAGAAAGCGUAGUUAUCGGGGAAAAAGAAGUGAAAGAAACAAAGAUGAUAAUUUAUUUCAUUGCCUAGCUCGCGUUGAAGAGGGAAACUCUCAAUCGAAAAAAAGAGGUUAAGACUACCAAGAUUCUAUCUCGGAAUAAAAACAACUUUUAAAUAAUUAACGUAUGUUUAUGUGUGUAUAUAUAUGUGUAUAUAUAUAUAUAUAUAUAUAUAUAUAUAUAUAUAUAAAAUGGUAAAGAUGUGAAAUUCCGACAGAAAUAAAAAUAUAAGUAAUUAUAAAAGGAAAUACGAUAAAUUUCAACAAGGAAAUUGGACAAAAUAACUCGUGUCUUGAUGAUAGAAAUGUUCGGGCGAAACUGUUAUAUAAACAAGUCGCGAAUGUAUACAUUUUCCUAAUAGUACAAAACACAAGAGGUAUUCGAUUUAAUAUACGAGCGAAAUACAUAAACAAUACUCCUGUAUACAUAUCUUAUAAUCCCGAUACACGCAACAGAAAACAAAUUAUUAAACGAUCUUCCGACUAGGAAGAAAACUCACGAAAGAAACAUGGAGACAGUGCUAUGAAUCGCAGAAUUGUAUGUAUGAUAUGCCGUAUGUGCAUACUCACAUGCACUCAAGUACUUACACAUGUUAAAACGUUCAAAUCUUUACAUAAAGAUUCUUAAGAAAGAAAAAAAAAAGUAAACAAAAAUCUAAUACUUGUGAGCUUCGUCUAAAACAAAAUAAGAAAGAAAUAUCCUUUCAGAUGUUUCAUCAAUGAAUGGUCUCGACUUAUAACUAGUCGUGAAUUUCAUCAAAACGAGCUUAUUCCUAGUCCAACGUUUAAUAUUUUCUGAAGCUAAGGAAAUAAGUAUAAAAGCUUAUAUUCGUUGAAGAAAAAUAGAAGAAGUCAGCAAGGUAAAGUGUGUGUGUUCUACGAGAAAGAUAAACGAUGAUGGAGGCCAAGUAUACAGUGAUUCACUACAGGAAUUUAACCUUGACAGAGAUUAUAAACGAAAUUAUAAUACGUUUCGUAGAAUUGAAAAGAUCAGAUGGAUUAAAUAUCUGAAUUUAAUUAAAAACCUCCCGAGUAAAUAAUCUUACAGAAAAGGAUCGUCUAUUAUCUGCGAAGAAAAUCUGUAUUCUGGAGUUUUAAUUGUCGUCGUUUCGUGUUUAUUUGUGCUUAAAAUACGAAAGUUUUCUAAUUCGCACUUGGAAUGACCGCCAUUUGUAUCACGCUUUCAUUAAAACAAAAUGUGCGCGAUUUUGUCCAGCAUUGCCAACCUAAUUUUAUCGUUAAUCGAUAAUAAUGUUGGUACGCAUUACUCUUUGUUAUUAUCGAUAAUAUUUCGAUUAUCAGAAGAAAGGUAUCGACAAAUGUUUACCUAAAUCGAAGACAAUUUGGAGAAAUAUUAGUUUAGUAAAUUUCGGCGAAUUAUAGGAGGUUUUAUUACUUGUGUCAUAAUAUUUUCUUUACAAUAAAUUGAUUACCUUGCAGAGUAUAUGUACAUUUAUGUAUGUAUGUAUACUUUAUUUAUUCGAAAUUAUGAUACAAGUAAAAUGUGAUUAUGUGCUUAGUUACAUAAGUACGGACAAUACAUAACAUCCUGUAAAGAAUAAUACUUCCUAUGGGAAGAAAAUAAUCAGAUUAUUGAAAAUAAGAACUAGGAUUGCAUAAAUAAGACAAAUUUAUCAAGAAAUUACAUAUAUAUAUGAUAUUUGAAGCAGCAAACAACUAUUCACCAGUAUCAUAAUGGUUAGUCUAUUAUACAUCUAUUGUUCAUAUUGUACCAUAGUAUAUAUUUUAAAGAUAAAAGUUAUAUAUGGUUUAUGAACUACAGGAUAGCAAUCUUUAUUAAAAAAUUUAAUACUUUCAUUAUAAAAUAUACAAUCUUGAUGCAAUUGUUUUUUUUUAUGCUGCUAAUACUCUUAUAUCUAUGUCGUAUACAUAGAUUAUGAGAUAAAUUCAACUUUAUUAAUUGGAAAUUCAUUUGCAAAAAUUUUAUGAAUCUCAAAUUAUAUAAAAUUUUGAAUAUUGAUUUUAUAAAUUAACUGAUAAUUUUAAUAACAUAAUAAAUAAUGUCUUUGAAAAAUAAUAAAUGAAUGAAGACAGGUAUAAGUAUUAAUUUCAUAUAAAAAAAAAAGACACCUAAAGAUUUUUGUGAGUGGAAAGUUUUACAAAAUCCAAUUACUAUUGCAUAAUAACUAAGACAAAUUUUUACAAUUUUGAUUAUAUUAUUAUUAUAUAGAUAUACUUUUUUUUACUAUGACUGUAUAGUUCUAUAUAGAUAUUUUUUAAUAACAGUUAAGAUUGAUUUUAUCAUUAAAGUUUUUAUUAUGUGCUUUCAAAUCGAAGCAUAAAAGUUUGCCCAAUUGAAUAAUAACCUGAACUAGCUUUAUGAGGCAAAAUAUAUAAAGAUGUGAUACAUCAUUUAAAUAUCUUUUAUUGUUUAACAUCUAUGGACUUAUUAAUUAAUAUAAAAUAUCUUAUACGCACAUAUGACAAUGCUGCUUAAAAAUUCUAGCUUUUCUUUUUAAUUUAUUGUACUUGAGUGUAUGUUUGUCAAAAGUUUAAAUAUGUAUACACAUUCUACAGUAAUGAUGUACUUUAUUUAAUAGUUGUCAAAAUAUUAAUCUCUAAAGAAUUCUUGGUACCAUAUAUAAACAUUUGAUAGAUCCUAUCUUAAUAUAAACAUUUAAUAAAAAUUUUAAUAUAAGAAGUAUGUUCUUUUAUAAUUCCAAUGUUAGUAAUUGAUUAUUAUUGAUCUUAAAUCAUAAAUGUAUAAUAACUUUAUAGCUCAAUGAAUACUUGUAAAUUUAAAUCUUUUUAUGGAUUAUAUUAAAAUGUACAUUUAUAUACUUAUUAGUUAUAAUCUUUUUAUUUUUAUUUUUAAUGCAAUAACACGCUUUCUUAUUAUUUUUUAUCAAUGUGUUGUUAUAGUUAUUCAAAGAAUUAAGUUAAACAUUUACAUUACAAAUUAAAAUCAAUACAUCAUUUUGUAGAAAGUUUUAUAAAUUCUGAUUGUCAUUAUUAUAAUAUGUAGUAUGUAUAUGUCAUUAUAACUAACAUAAAUUUCAUGAUCCUGUAAAUUUGUAUACAAGAGAACAUAUAAUUCGUAAACAAAUUGUUUCUUCACAAAAUAUAUAAAAAAAUUAAAUCACAUAAGAAAAAUUAUCAAAAUACCAAAUCCUUCUUUUUCAAAUGUCUUAAAAUGUUUCAAAGUAUAUCAGUUAGAAGUAUCAAAAGAAGAUAAUUAAAUAGUUAAGAAAAAAAAAAAAAACUGUAUUGUCCUAAACUCUCUCUAAUUACUGAAGCACAUUUAUUUAAACUGUAGAAUAAAAUAACAAAUGAAUAUAUGAAUGUAAAUAAAAAGAAGUUUUUAAUUAUUAAAACCUAGUAUUGGUUCGAAAAGUAUAUAGGACAAAAGAGUAGUGUUGUAAACGAGAAUUCAGAGAAUAUAAAAUAAUUCUAUAGUUUAUUUUUUUGGAAUAAUAUUAUUAUGUAUAAACUGCCAAUGUUAAUGUCUUAAUUAAUAUAUUAAUACCAAUCAUAAUAGUU